AUUAAUGAUCAUUGAAGAAACCCUAGCUAGCUUAAAAUAAGCUGUUAAUGGAGAAGGGUAAGACUUUCUUCUUUUUCAAUUAUUUUUUAUUUAGUUAGUUAAGUCGAGAGAUGUUCUCCAAAAGUAUCAUCAUCAUCACAUAUCACCAUAUCCCUCCUUACCUAUAAAUUCAGGUCUUCUCUUCCAACAAUUUUCCCCACCAAACAAAAAAAAUAAAUUAUACUACUAAUUAAACCAAAAAAGAAAGAAAGAAAGAAAGAUCUGUAUCCAUGGGAAGAGCUCCUUGCUGUGACAAAGCCAGUGUGAAGAAAGGGCCAUGGUCUCCCGAAGAAGAUGCAAAACUCAAGGAGUAUAUCGACCGCAAUGGCACUGGUGGCAAUUGGAUUGCCCUCCCACAAAAAAUUGGGUUGAAGAGAUGCGGGAAGAGUUGCAGGCUGAGAUGGUUGAAUUAUCUGAGGCCAAAUAUCAAACAUGGUGGAUUUACUGAGGAAGAAGACAACAUUAUUUGUAGCCUCUACAUCAGCAUAGGCAGCAGGUGGUCUAUAAUCGCGGCGCAGCUGCCAGGCAGAACGGAUAAUGACAUCAAGAACUACUGGAACACGAAGCUGAAGAAAAAACUCUUCGGCAGGGCGCGCAAGCACGUCGCAUCGAAUCAGGCCAUGGAACCAGGCCUGGAAUCAAAUCAUGGCCCUGGAAACGACACCUCUGAUCAUAAUAUGCAAAAUCUCAGCAAUUCGGCCCUGGAAAGGCUUCAGCUUCACAUACAGCUCCAUAGCCUGGAAAACAAUAAUCUUUCUUCCUUGUACAACAAUCCAGGCCUGUGGCCAAAGCUGAUUCCUCAGAAGAUGAUCCAGGCCAUCCAUUCGAGUAAUCCGACGGCUCAGAGACCUUCUCCCUCUCAACCCGAUCAUUCUCUACAUCCUCGACAGGCUUUCAAAAUCGACGGCUGUGGCGAGCCCUGUUUUUCGCCGGAGGAUUCUAUUUUUGCUAAAUCGAGUGCCCUGGAAUUAAAUCCAGGGCAAUUAGACAACCCUGGAAUUGAUCAGGUUGGGCUGACGCAAGUAGAGCUUGAACAUCUGAUCAACAAUAAGCCGUCGGGUAGUUUUCAUCUCCCGGAGGGCAAUCAAGUGGCUGACUUCGGAUGCUUUAAGGAUACGGCGUGGUGGUCGAAUGAAUUCUGUGUGAAUAAUUCUACGGCAGGAUCGAACUCGUGGGACUCGGAAAAUUUGAUGAAUCAACCUGAAAGAAUAAUGUAUCAUGAUUUGGAUUUAGGGUUUAGUGUGCAGUGAGAAAGAUGGGGCGUCGAGAGGAUUCGAUGAUGAUCGGAAAAUUGCAAUUUUGGUAACCCCUUUGUCUUAUAAUUUAGUACGGUCAUAUCUGAUGUUAAAUGACCAGUUCACGUAAAAAUUUAAAUCUAAAGAUAUACGUAUUAUUAAUUAUUAUAUAGUCACUCAAUAAUUUCCUCAAGUGCAAGUUGGAGAUGCUCCAUAUACGAAUCUUAUAAAUAAAUGGAAACGAAUCGUCUUCACCUUGCACUGAGGAGAGAUAUUGGUGACUUCGUAAUAAGAAAAUAAUGUAUAUCUCUUCAAAUUUAAAUUUUUAGAUAAAAAGAUCAUUUAACAUUUGAGUCGGUGAAUUUUACAAUUUUUGGUCAUGAAAUUCAAAAUCACGUAUCUGUGACGUGAAGUUAAUUUUAGGACCGAAAAUAGUAAAAAUUAGAAAUUCUUAGAAUAAGACCGUGAGCGAUUAAUUAUAGGAUAAAGAGUAAUUAUUAUUGGGUGUAGAUAUAGCCAAAAUUACAAUUUUUCUAAGAUGAUCAUUGCUAGGGUUGGUAUUUGUUGCUCCCUAGAGAAUGAUCACUUGGUCAUGUAAAUUGUAAGAAUAA